AUGGAUUUCGAAAAUGCGGUGACGGUAAUAUGUCCUCUGCUCGAACUGCCCGAGGAACUGCAGAGUGAAGUGCUUCGCAAGGACUCGUUGCACUUCUUCCCAGAUGUAUGCGAUGGUGGAAGGGAAUCGGAUGUCAAUGGCAAGAAGAAAAGUCAGAUCUAUCUCUAUCGCUCCGAACUGGAGCGAGCUGGUUCCCAGACGCGAGAACAUUCCGGACGACGAGUUUGA